AUUCCACGAAUCUCUGACGUCUCGUUAAUCCUCGCGUUAGGAGUCGUCACGUUUCGGUGAAUCAGUGAAUUCUCAAAUUCGUGCCUUCGAGAUAUUCGAUAUUUUUGUAUUUCAAGUGCCGCACGGAGAUAAACAUUCGGAGUGUUCAGUGAUCGCGAGUGAAGUACUAUCUUUCGUUCGUUGCUUCGAAGCCGGAUCGAACGAAGAGAAAAAAGUGGAUAUAUCGCGAAGCAUAAGGCAUUUUAUGAAAACAACGAAAGGAAAAAAGAUGGGUGAAGCCAACGGUACAGGAUUCUUCAGACCCUGGAAAUGCCAAAAGGUCAUUAGUUCCGCGAUCAACGAUACUCCGAUCAAUGAAAAAUCGAAUGCCGAACCCAUAAGCAAGUGCAUAAAACGACGUGAUUCGGAAGAAGAGGAUACCGAUAGCGUAGACUCUUCCUGGAGCGCUACCAGCGAAACCGAGUGUUAUCAAGCUUCGAGUGAUUUACACGGUGAAUUUAAGCGGGAACACAGCGCGCGAAGUAGAAGCUUAGCUUCCUCUUGUUCGACAAGGAGUUGCGACGAACGUACCGCCACCGAAAGCCAGUGUAUUUUUAAAAAUUUUGAAAUUGCCGCGAAAAAUAGCGAAGGUAGUGGCUGCUCCAAAUCCGAAACUCCUCUCGCUAAUGACUCACGCAUAGAAAAUAACAGUAAUUUGUCGAGCGAUAUCUCCUCAACGGCUCCGUGCAAUUCCCCUUGUUCCGCUUUCACACCAAUUUCGCAUAAUUUACUCUAUCCAAAGUUCGACCAUCCGCCGCCGUUCUUUGCCGAUUCUUUCGUACCCAAUUGGUCACAACGGCAUGUUGAUCAAAUGAGUCUACUCUACGGUCUUGCCUCCAUGCCAGUUGGCACCUACGGCACCUCAAUGGAAGAAGCUGUCAAAUAUAUUCACCAACAAGACGUCGCUGCCAAACAAAUGAAGAAACUGAGGCCCAAGAAAUUUCGUUGCGUGCAUUGCGACGUUGCUUUCAGCAACAAUGGCCAACUCAAGGGACACAUUCGAAUUCAUACUGGUGAACGCCCAUUCAAGUGCGAAAUCGAUGGAUGCAACAAAGCCUUCACGAGGAACGAGGAACUGACCAGACACAGAAAAAUACACACUGGUCUGAAACCUCACUCGUGCGAUAUGUGCGGAAAAUCCUUCGGCCGAAAGGAUCAUCUUAAAAAACAUCAGAGGACGCAUCAAAAUCGUGGCAUUCCAGGACAUUUCAGCACGACCAUGUUCGGUUUUAUCGAACACGCUGGUCACUAUCCAUCUCUACCACCGGGACGUCCUGUUCCUCCGUACCAUUACCCCCUUUAAAGACCAAUCGCGUGAAAAAUGUAAAUGUUUGUAUAUAAAUUCGUGUAUAUAAAUGUUUGUAUAUAAAUUGAAAUAAUUGUAUGUAUAUAUGUAGAUAAACGAUCUAUAUUAGGCUGUAAUGCAAUGAAUUUAAGAAGGAUGAGAAAUUUCCUGUUGUCGAUGGACCAAAGCUUUUUACUGAUCGAGAAAAUACAAACAUUUUUAUCUCUCCUAUUCUACCUCGUAUAAAAAGUAAUAUUUAAGCCAUCUGCGAAAUUAAAAGUUCAAAUAUAACAACAACGAUACAAAAGUCAUUUUGUAAGUGAUAAUAAUCUCUGUGAAUAAAAGAAUGAAUGAAUGUAAAAAAUAGUAUGUGAAAUAACAGUUAAACGAGUAUUUUCAUAAUGUAUAUUCAAAUUUACAGCAAAAAUUUACGAUGCUUUAAAUCAUAAAGCUCCUGGAGUUCACUAUCUUACGCUUUAUAGAUUUGAAAAAUGUACUCGCGUCUGUUACAACGCAAUUAUAUAAUUGUUAGAAGAUAUUCAUAUUUUUGAUAAAAUUAUAUCCGCUUGUUCGUAUUCAUAGCGUAUGAUGAAUACAAUACUGGGAAAAAGAAACUAGCGGUGCUCAAUGAGCGACAAAUCACAAUGAAAAAAAAGUCUCAGUGUUCACAAUUUUUAUUUUUUGUAUUCUUCAAAUGCACGUGCAAAAAUAAUAUAGCUUUGUUGAAAUAAAAACCCUAUGAAAUUUUAA